AUGGCAGGCAGCAAACCCGAUUGUGAAGAACAAGGCCAGUGGCGAACUAGCAACAGAUCUACCGACAACCCACCAGCAAAUGCAGGGCGAAUCGAUGGCCGAACCGCCACUGCCUCGAGCCGAGCGCGUAACCCAGAGCGUGAGCGGCUGUUCCAGUGGAAACGACUUAGACCUCAGCCGAGACAGGUGUCGCUUCUCUGGGACGAUACUACGUCCAACUUCUUCCGCACUGCUAUCAGUCUGGUGGAGCAAGAUGUGAGCCUGGCGCAAGAGGUCGUCAAGGAGAUGGCCUCUGACGGUCGGCUGCCGCUGGUCAGAGAUGUCAUUGAGGGAGCCACUUCAGCUAGAACGCCCGAGGCCAAAGCUCUUCUCUGAGAAUCGCGAAUUUCGCCCCUGUUCCGAGUCUUGCGCCGAGCAUAGUUGAAAACAUCCCUUGUGAGGGGCUCAGCGCCUUACAGUAUUCAACCGGCAAGUUGACGGCCCAGCACCCUCAUUCAAUAACUACAUCAUAGCC